AUGCCAAUCGCCUUCAUUCCCGCGACCCCCCUCUCGCACCACCCGCUCCGCCGCGCGACCCUCCAAACGACGCGUCCGCGCCCGCUCGCGCCGUCGCCACCGGCCCGUCGCGCGCGCCAUGUGCCACUCGCCACCAUGAGCGCGGCCCCACUCAAACCGCUGGUCCCCAUCCUGAUGGGCUCGGGCUCGGACAUGAAGUACUGUUCCAAGAUCGCCGACGCCCUCACGGCCCUGGGCAUCGACUCGGAGCUCCGCAUCGCCUCUGCGCACAAGAUCCCCGCACGCCUGCUCUCGGUCAUCGAGGCGUACGAGGCCUGCCCGCGCCCGAAGCUCUACAUCGCCGUCGCGGGCCGCUCCAACGCCCUCUCGGGCAUGCUCGACUGCGCCGUCACCGCCCCCGUCAUCUCCUGCCCGCCCUACUCCGAUACCUUCGGAGGCGCCGACCUCUUCUCCUCCAUUCGCAUGCCGUCCGGCGUCGCACCGGCCCUCGUUCUCGAACCCGCUGGAGCCGCUUUGCUCGCCGCGAAGACCCUCGGCGUGUAUGAUCCCCAAGUCCGCCAGUCCGUCGCCACCUUGCAGAAGGCCAACAGGGAUCGCUUGUUUAUCGACGAUGCCCUGUCUGUCACUAAGACCUACGCCCCGCAGAUCGCCGCCGUCAGAGAGGCCGCCCAGACCAUGGUGGAGACCACCCCCUCCUUGGUCUUCGCUUCCGCCGCCGCGGCCACCGUGUCCGCUGUUCGGAACGGCAAAGUCCGUGAUCAGUACGACUUUGUCGGUAACGAUAACGCAGGGAAUGAAAAGGCUAACCUCGUCGCCCUUGUUACCACCGACAGGCAGAGCGCUUUCGAUCGCGUCCUGGCCGCUAUUCCGUUCAAGGGCGCUGUCCUUAACCAGACUGCCGCCUGGUGGUUUGAAAACACCCGCCACAUCAUUCCGAAUCACGUCGUUUCUGUUCCGCAUCCCAACGUCACAAUUGCGCGCAGGUGCAAACCUUUCCCAGUUGAAUUCGUUGUUAGGGGGUAUAUUACUGGGUCUACUGAUACGAGCUUGUGGAAAAACUACAGCAACGGAGUGAGAAACUAUUGCGGUAUCGACUUUCCGGAAGGGCUUGCGAAGAACCAGAAACUGGAUGCCAAUGUGCUCACGCCGACAACAAAGGAGGACGCCGGCGAUCGCCCGAUUGCCCCCAAAGAUGUCGUAGCUGAGGGCCUCAUGUCCCAGGCAGAUUGGGAUACCUGCGCAAAGGCCGCGAUGAGUCUUUUCGAAUACGGUCAAAAAGUUGCGGGCGAUAAUGGCCUCAUUUUGGUCGAUACCAAGUAUGAGUUUGGACGGGAUGACGACGGUACCAUUCGCCUCAUUGAUGAAGUCCAUACUCCGGAUUCUUCGAGGUAUUGGCUGUCAACAUCGUACAAGGCGCGGACAUCAAAGGGCGAAGAACCUGAGAACAUUGACAAAGAAUUUUUGCGACUUUGGUUCCGUGAUAACUGCGACCCCUACGACAAGUCCAAGGAGCUACCAGAUGCACCAGCUGAUCUUGUAGAUGAGCUUAGCCGAAGGUACAUCAUGCUCUACGAACUAAUCACCGGGCAGUCGUUUGACUUUUCAGCUGAAAGUGGACCCAGCGCCAUUGCGUCUAGUGUAGACGCUUUCGUUGCAUCCUUUGCAGGUGCGUCUAGGUAGUGAAUUUGUUGUGUGGGCACGAUUCUUUGCUGGAGGUAUGCGGCUCUAUCAGCCCACCGUCCGCGGACAGGCAGUUGGCAGAAGCGAUUUCGCGAUGCACAGAGGGGCUCAUGGCCGUAAUCAUUGUAAAUAUGUUUGAGCUCACUCUCAAGAGCUCCAGAACA